CUGCCGUGUUCUUCUGUGGAUACACUCACGAGUGCAGCCCCUUGGUGACGUACGGUGGCAGAUAAAGCGAUGUCUGCACCUCAGCCGCGCGGACAGCACUGCACGCCCCCGACAUGACCAAGUCCCUAACACACACACACACGCAGCUGUACCCACGGCGGUGGUGACUUUGCCUUGGUCUCCCUCAUACACACCUGAAUAGGUCUCUUCCCGGCGGCUUUGGUUUCUCCUCGUCGUAGAGCCAGAUGAAGAAGUCGGUGAUUUCCUGCUGCGUGAGUCCGAUUUCCUCCCAUGACCUUUGCCGCAUCAGCCGCUCCUCCAGACGACGCAACACAAACGGCCAGCGCGACCGCUGCACAAACGCUGCCAACUGCACACAUGAAUGAAUGCAACAAGGAAGGAUCGACGAUGUGAUGGCGUCAGUGGGCUGUCUGCCUGUACAGGUGUGUCUUACAUGCGCCUCGGCGAGUGCGAAGUUGGGGUGAUGCCCCUGUGCAUAGAACUGCACCAGGUCAUCAAACGACCUGACCACUGGGCCCUCCAGAGCGCCCGCAUCAGCAGUGUCCACCACUAGCCGCGGCACGGGCCAUGGCUGCAUGAGGUCCCACACGUUGAGCAUCUCCCUCAGCAGCACCGACGCCAGCAAGACGCUGUUCUCGAUGAUGGGGUUGAGGGUCAUGAAGGGGUACUGCACCUCCAUUAUCGACCCCUGCGUAGACGACAGACACACCAGCUUGGUCUUGUUGCUCCACAGCAUGGGGAUGGCCGGGGUAGAGUUGUCGAAGCACAGCUGGUUGUAGAGCUCAAACAGGCGCUGGGCGGCGCUCUCCUGCUGUGCGCGGCUUAGGAAGGGCGGCAAGGGCGGGAAGGGCGGCGACACACGGUCCUUCAGCGCCUCCAGCUGCCUCUCAGGUGCCGAAGCGCCGCCCCUCGCUGCAUCGCCAGUGAACAGCACCCCAUGAAGCAGAUCGAAGGCUCGGGCGCAGUCCCUCUCGAUUUGCCGAUGGUCCGCUUCUGACGUCUUGAGCCAUGCAUUCUGGAAGAACGACACCGUGGAGCGGCACAGACUGUUCUCCAUGAUCCGCUGCAGCGACGGAUCUUCGUUGCGGAGGAUCUGGCGGCACUCUCGCAGGGCAUCUUCCGCAUCUCGCUGCCGUCGCAAGACGACGCUCUGAUGGAACUCCCGCAGCGGCAGCACCUUGGUGCCGGGGGGUGGGAAGCCUUCAAAAGCUGCAUGACGACGGUAGCAGGGCUGUCCUGCUGACUGGGCUGGCUGAAGGGCGACGGCGAUGAAUAGCAACGACGCCAGAGAGAGUGCUGGCCUUCUCGAGCCUGCCAUCUUUGCAUGUAUUCGUUCUUCCCGUCACUUCAUCUUUGGCUCCGAAACCCUGGUGGAAAAGAAGCUGAG